CGCUACGUUAAAAUGGCGGUUAAGGAGUUGCUGACAGAGCUCCUCACAAGUCCUGUAAAUCUCGUUCUUUUAGCGACAUGCUUCUAUCUUUUAUACAAAAUACUAUUUGGAAAUGCACCAAGGGUACCAGAUGGACCAAAAGAACCCGUACUAGAAAAGAUGAAAAAGAGGGACAUGACUUUAAAAGAACUCAGCGAGUACGAUGGUACGAAACAUGACGGUAGGAUCCUUGUCGCGGUGAAUGGCAAGGUUUUCGACGUUACGCGUGGGAAACGAUUUUAUGGCCCAGAUGGGCCAUAUGGUGUGUUUGCUGGUCACGAUGCCAGCCGAGCCUUAGCCACAUUUAGCCUAGAAAAGGAGUCUUUCAAAGAUGAAGUAGACGACUUAACAGAUCUCGAUGAAGAAAAGAUGGAAAGUGUUCGUGAAUGGGAAAUGCAGUUUUUUGAAAAGUAUGAAUUUGUUGGUAAAUUGUUGAAACCAAAUGAGGAACCUACAGAUUAUUCUGACGAAGAAGCAAGUGAGACGGAUAAGACAGAAGACAAAUGUGAAAAAGAUAAACAAAUUUAAGAGAAUUUACAAACUAUUAAAACUAACUUCUUGUCCAAAUAUGGCAACAGACCUCACAUAUACAAAAUUCUCAGAGGAGAUUUAAGUCUGUUGAUGGUCAUUGAACCUCAAUUACGUCUUCAACUGUUUGCCGCAGUACAUGUAUACCCACAAUGCACUGCGGUAAGAAAAUGUGCGAUUUACAGUAAUUAUGCUAAAGGCUAUCGUACCUCAUGUGUAAUCCUUGCACCAAGAAUUGGGAAUGGAAAAGCAUCAUUGAACUUUGACAUGUGCAUAGGUAUACCACCUUCAUCGUCAACCCAUGCUGAAAGCAGUUGCGAAAGUUGGUUAUCAUUGUAUAUACAUGUUAUGUUUUUUUAUUUUAUAAUUCGGUUCAAUUUCUAGUAAAACUAAGUCAUGUUAACUUUCCUGAUAUAAUCGCUAUGUGACACUAUUCCCAACUUCAAAGCAGAGUACACACACACACUGCGUCAGGCGAUGGUCGUCAGUGAUUUUUUUUAGGUAGACCGCAACGCAGCAAGGGCGCAUGCGACAACGAUCUUCUUAGACUGCCACUGACAAUCAGUAGAUGAUGUCGCAUCGUCAAAACGUUCACACGCAGAGCAAAGUAGAUAUGUCGACUGACGCAGGGGUGAUGUGGUACAUGUUUGGCUCAACAUUAUUCCUUGUCUAUUAUUCGAUAGUGGUUGUGCUAUACCUUAAGUAUUGAUAAGCUAACGAAAUUACAUCCAAACAAUAACAUUUAUAAACAUAGCACCUGGUAACAUGUGUGCAUUAAAAGGCUACAGUAAGUGAGUUGAUAAGGACAAAGAUUGAGUAUUUUUCAACCAAUUACAUAAUAAGGUAAAAUACACUAGAUUCUAUUUAGAAUAUUUUAAGUACUGUAUAGGGUUUGCAGAGAACAGAUACAUUGAAUAGUAGGUUAAUUCUGUUUUAGUCAUAUAACCUGGUAUUGUUGAAAUAUUGUUCCAUGAUGAUAACCUGGCAAUUAUUAUUAGUUAAAUUUCAUGAAUAAGCAUGAUCGUUGAUAGCACCCUCCAUUGAAAUUACCUCAUCAUGUACGGUAACAAUGUUUUUUGGGGGUUUUUUUUCGUUUUUUAAAUGUCUCCACAUUGAAAGAAAUUGAAAAAAACGAAAAAAAGUGUUUGAAAAACAUUAAAUAAUGAUUUCUUUUUGAAAAGAAAGAACAGAGGAGGUUAAUUGGUUAACAGAACCCUAAACAAGGUCUGUUGACUGUAGAGGGUGAUAUGUUGACUCUAGAUGGCGGUAUGUAGUUACCUGCACAAGAAAACCUUUCUAAAAAUAGUUAGAAUCCCACCGUCCUCUAAUGUUUUCUGUGCGUUGUCAAAAAGCUUUUUGAAGUGUUCUUAAAUCUUUAACCUUUGACAUCAUGAGCGUCUUUUUCAUCAUGGCUGCCUUUUUCAACAUGGCCACCUUUUUCAUCAAUGUACAUAUUACAGUACAGUAAUUCUCUAAAGUUUAUUUAUUCCAAUUUACAGCUACUGCUGUUUGGCUUGCCUAAAAUUAAGGAUAUGAGUUUUUAAUACAGAGAUUAUAUUGCCAUUUUGUAGAAAUUUUUUUUUAUAUAUAGUUUACACGGAUUACUCAUGACCAAUUAACUAUGACUGUAUGUUUACUAAAUUAUUAAUUUUUAAAAUUUUACUCUACAACUCUAAUGAUGUUAUGUUACUGUAUUUAAUUAUUAUUUCAGAUUUACAAGGUAAAUGACAAAUUAGAUAAGUGGCCCUUACGGUAAGAAGAUAAUGAGAUAAGCGGCCCAUUGAAUUCUUGAUCCAUGAAAAAUGACAAGAUACAUUAUGCAACUCGUGCAAAAUAAUAUAAGUGACCGGUUUUGUUUAAUGGCCCUUGAGAUAAGUGGCAUACGAGAUAAAUGGCUCAUAAGAUUAGUUGCUCAUGAGACAAGUGGCCCAUGAGAUAAGUUCAGUAUGGAGCUUAUGAGGUAUAUGUCACCAAUAAAUUGCAUAUGAGGUCAUAGUUCUUUAGACAAGGCCCAUGAGAUACGUGGCAUAUGAGAUGCAUGGCCCAAUAAUGGUUUGGCCUAUGAGAUUCAAGCAAUGUGUGAGAUCCAGAGAGAAAUGUAAAUCUAAUGAUGAGUUGGUAGUCUGUAGCCAUACAGCAUUUUUUGCAUUGGUUUCUGCAUUUUUGAAAGGAAAAUUUAGUCGGGGCUUAACUUUAUACUUAAGCUGACUGAACAGGCUGUGGUGGUAUCGGUCUUAUUGGUUAAUAUUGUCUAAAGUCAAUUUAGGCGACAAGUCUAAAUCAAUUAUUUGUUGUCACUAAAGAUCGUUCUCGCAUUUGUAAAGCACACAUGUUUAAAUAGCAAAGAGUCUUGUGGUUUUCUCUCGUCACUAAGAUUUUCUCACAUUUUAAAUGCAUUACUUUUUUAAAAUUGCAGAGCCUUCUUGUUUUCUCUAUCUAAAGGUGUAAUUUCUAAAAUGGUAGAUGAAAAUAUCCCAAAACACAUCACUGAAAUUCUCUUCUGACAAUUUUUUCCCGUUCAGCAUACACCAUAUCUGGAGCGAACAUCCUACUCUAGUUGCGUCAAAUCAGUUCUUGAAGAUGUAGACCUUUCCUCUCAUUCGUCCUUGUAUUCCCCUCCCCUCCCCUGCCUCCUUCCCCCUCUUAUACUUUUAGAGUCCUUAGGUGGUUGUCUUUAUGUACCAGAACCCUCAUUAAAUAUGAUUUAAGUAACAAAAUAAUAAUAUACUUGGCAUGUAUAGAAUUUACCUUUAUUUAAUUGAUUGAUUAUCAUACUUCAUUGAUAAUUUACUCAAUGGAUGAUUGUGAUUUGAAAAGCACACUUUUUUUUUUGCAAAUUUUUAGCCCAAGGCAAAUAAUGUUAUCAUAAUUUUCACACAGGUGACUUUUAUAAUUGUAAUUUUAUUCUAAAAUCAAUUAUAAUUGAUAUUUAUAACUUUUGUAAAGAAAUGGAUGAUUGAUUGUUUUAUUUAUUUUAUAUAAUAUGUUUGAUCGGAUAAUACAUGGUGAGAUUACGAAUAUUUGGAAAAUUAAGUACUCUACGUGGUAUAGUACUAAGUUGGUGCUCAAGUUAAUGAGAUAAUUAUUUUUGGGUUUAAGAUGUUUAACGAAAAAUAAUCAAAUAUUUUUAACAUUAUUAAUUUGUUUAUCACUAUAAAUGUUAUUGAUUUAUUAAUGAAAACAAAACUAUAAAUAAUAAUUAACCAAAAAAUAUAAACUGCACAGAGACAAUUAAACAUAGUAUGGUUUCUAAAACCUGGUUUUCAUAGAUUCGCUACACAGUUGCUAUAGCCUUUUUACUGCAAUCCAUGCACUGCGUAAAUGUCCCCGGCGCAAUCAGGAACGCUUCUUGAUUCAAUUGACCAACAUGCGUCGCCAAAGGGGUCAGCGAUAUCGUGUAGCGAUUUAUGGUAACCAGGCUUAAGGUUUAUGAUUAUCAACUCGAGUGUUUGAUGUACAGCACUGUAUCUAAGAUAUCCUGACAUACAGACAUUACUGUAUAAUUGCAAGUAGAUCCCAUUCCAACCACACCCCUUCCGCCUGAUUCUUGAAGCAUAAAGCUUGGUUUCCUUAUAAUCACAACCAAGCUUUCGGUGAAACUUGGUUGCUGAUUGGUCGGUCGAAUUGGGGAGCCUCCCCGAUUGUGUCGGGGAUUGCUACGCAGUACAUAGAUUGCACUGAAAACAUGUAGCGACAGGGCAGUGAUUUUAAGAAAACCAGGCUUGAUGCUGAUUGGUCGGUCGAAUCGGAGAGCCUUCCCGAUUGCAUCAGGGACUGGUAUGCUGUACAACGAUUGGACUGAAAACACUUUAGUGACAGUGUAGCGAUUUAAAAAAAAAAACAGGCUUUAACUGUGUGCCCAUCAGACUUUUGACAUAUGUUUGUUUGGAUUUCUUCCAGUGUCAGGGAUUCUUCUCUGUGAAUUUUCCCUCCCCUACCUCACUGUACGGUACAUAGCAUUUAUAGCGAACUCUGCACUAUUCCAGUCCGGAAUUCUAGAUGGCGGAGGGGAGCAAUUCUGUAUGGAUUUGGGGAUCGGAGGGAAAAUUCACAGGGCCAAAGCGGUAGAGGCUAUUAGGUUUGAAAUUCUCAUCUUUUUAUUGAUUUAUGUUAUUCAUGAGAUUGUACAGUAAUCAAUCUUAUUUGUAGUCAUAAGAGUUCGGGGAGGGCGCCAGUGGGGCCAUUGGCCACCCGUCAAGGAGAAUACAAACACAUUUCAUCGAAAUUUCUAUGUACAGUAUUUUUACAGAUUGUUAUAUUUUAAAAUCAAUUUCAAAUACCUAAAUUUUCGUGCGUCUUUCCAGGGCUUCCCCUUCUUGACCGGAUCCCUCUGGAUGUUUCUGAGCUGCAUCCCUGACCACUCAAGUGCGCUCCGUCGGGACUACUCCCUCUCCUUUUGGCAAGUCAUGGCGUCACCACUGGUAUAACUGUAAUUGUAUUUUUGACAAUGAUUUUUGUAAGGCGUUGUUUUAGUGCUAUACGAAGAAUAGCUUUCUUCUGCACUUUAAUUUACAAUAAUUCUUGCAUUGCUUCAUAGAAAAAAAUAAAUGUAUGUGAAACUUCGUUA